CACCGUGGGAUGGAAUCAAUGGCUAUCACCRUGGUGGGAUUUGCUGCUCUGGCAUUUGUUACCAGCAAGCGCCAUGGCCAGCAUGGUCAAGGCAAAGGUUUGAGCUAAGGUAAGUCACUUCUCAUUUUGCUCAUUGGCCCUCUGCGCUCUUGCUUUCUCCCUGCCAUCUGCCUUCUUGUCUCUUUCAGCUUCCCUCUUAUCCUCCUGUUGUAUGAGAUACUACUGCUUAAGAACAACAUCCUGUUGAGCAAUUUCCUUCUUCAGCAUUCCAUAGUAAGAUCUCUUUCUUGUUGCUGUCAUGACAAUGGUUGCAUCAUUGCUGACAGUCUUAUUGGACAUUGACACCAUGUUGCUUGAUUUUGAUUUUGGAGUUAAAGCAUUCUCCAAGACCUCAUCAUCCUCAUCAUCAAUGUAACCUUUGAYUGGAUCAGAGGUCUCCUCUCCAGUUCCAAUAUUUGCCUUUAUUCCAAUCAAGCAAUGGGCAUCUCUUGCAAGCCAGACUGGCUUGGGGAUAUUGAGAUUCUCAGCAGUAGGCAUCUUCUGUCUCCUCAAUCGAUUGAACUUGGUUUUGAUGGAAUCCUUUCUUGUUCUACCAUCACCAUACGGAUAGCUCUAUCCAUGUCUAUGAACCACCAUGAGCCAGYUACCCUUACCAAUGGGGAGGAUCUCCUUGAUGAGAGUCAUCAAUGAGAUAAGCUUGUCUUCURUGUAGUUUGUAGUACUGGCCUUACGGUGUGACCCCUCUACUUCUUUUGAUUGCCCUCCUGAGGGAGGGACAGGUGGUGCCGGUGGAGGCAACCAAUCAGUCGACAUCUUUGCUCGUGGAAUGACUAUUAUACAACAAGGCCUGCAGCAGUUGUAACUCUCUUUUUUUGAUCUAAAGUAUAGAGUACUAGCAACUAAGACAGCUGACAUUGUUUUUGUUCUUGUCACCAGUUUCUUCUUGCUUCUUCAUGAUCAUAGCGCUGGUGGCGCCUAAGGCGCCUUCUUUAAGUAAAAUUUUUCAGUCUUAAAUUUGGCGGGCCUUUUCAGUCAACAAUGGAUUUUCAUUCUUGGGUUCCUGUCUAGAUUUAGACUUUCUGUCAAGGGUCAAUUGAGCGUUGACAGAAAGUCAAAAAAUUAAGACUAGUAGAUGGUCUAUUUUUGGUCUGUCUGUCUGUCUGUCUGUCUGUCUGUCUGUCUGUCUGUCUGUCUGUCUGUCUGUCUGUCAAAAAGUAGACCAUCUAGAUUAACGGGAAUCGCCCAAUAUCAGUGACACUGAACUUGUUCCACAUCUAUGAUCAACGCAUUGUUCUCUGCCCAUCAACAACUUCAAAUCCAAACAUAUGGUAUGUGUACGUCUACCUACUAUCACCAAAACCUAGCGAUGACAACACCGAGAAAACAAACAAAUCAAUUCCGCCUAACAGGAAAUGYCCUGUUUCUGUUCGCAGCAGUAAUGCYGUUGGCCCUGGAAUUAUUGCCAUYGCCGACYAUUGUGCAGGGCUUUGCSGCCAAGAACAGACGAAAGGGAGGAAGGAGCAAGGGAAAGAGACGAGAAGGGGCUUCGUUCGGCGGAUUUGGAAAGCCGCCCCCGACCCUCGACGAGGUCCUUGACAAGAUCAACACAAAGAACAAUCGUCUGCCGAAAGACGCAGACGCAGAGCCCUGCCCCUGUGGAAGUGGCAGCACGCACGGCGAGUGCUGCGGGCCGCUUCUGGUCGGAUCCAAYGCACACGGGGGUUGCUUGACUCCGCUCCAAGUAUUGCAGAGCCGGUACACCGCCUUUUGUUACAGGAACGUCGGCCACGUCAUUCGAACGACGCACGAGGAAUGCCGGGACUAUUGCGAGGACAAGGUCGCCUGGGCUAAGGACCUGGACAAGGAGGGGAUGUUUGAUUCCUUUGAGUUUGUGGGACUGGAAAUCGUCGGUGACGGCAUCGAUGAAAGCGASAAAGACGAGGAUGAGGCCUUUUUAGAGUUCAAAGUUCGUCUGAAGGGGCGUUCCCUUGAGGAGGCCCCGGUCCGUUCUAGAUCUGUUUCCUCGGUCGAGGGAGAAGAAACAGUCGUUGCCGAGCGAUCGAGGUUUCUGCGAGAUCCGGAMUCGGGGGUCUGGAAAUAUGCAGGUGGAGACGUCCGGUCGACGGUGAAGGGGUUGGAAGAUACGACACUCAACGCGUAGUAGAUCGGAGGUACUCGGUACUGCAGUACUAAAAAAAAUCUUAAUAUUAUAUUUAAUCUCGCGAACUAGAAGAGGCACUACAUGGCCAGAACCAGAGCCUCUCCGGAGUAGGGAGAAGAAUGCUCCGAGUACUACAGUAUUUUGUUUUMAUGAUAUCGUCGUCAAGAAAAACCAAUCCUAAGCGGGAAGUCGUCGCCGAGGAUCUGGAGAUAUUUCGGCGGAGGCUUUCGGUCGAAGGUUAAGGGAUUAGAGGAGAUGACACUCAACAUGUAGUAGAUGGAAUGUACUCGGUGCUCUCAGAAUAUAAUGAUAAUGUAGUC